CGGAUUUACUCGCGAGAUUGGCGGCUGCGCUCCCUCUUUUCCGCUUCCGCUGAGAGAUGCCGACCAAAACGCGCAAGACCAGGAAACUCCGCGGGCAUGUGAGCCACGGCCACGGCCGAGUGGGCAAACACAGAAAGCACCCCGGAGGCCGAGGUAACGCCGGUGGCAUGCAUCACCACAGGAUCAACUUCGACAAAUACCAUCCUGGUUACUUCGGAAAGGUGGGCAUGAGGCACUACCACUUGAAGAGGAACACCGUUUUCUGCCCAACCAUAAACCUGGACAAGCUGUGGACCCUGGUUAGCGAGCAGACCAGAGUGAACCACGGCAAGAAGCCUGAGGGCCCAGCACCCAUCAUUGAUGUUGUCCGUGCUGGCUACUUCAAAGUGCUCGGCAAAGGCAAGCUGCCCAAGCAGCCCGUCAUCGUGAAGGCGAAGUUCUUCAGCCGACGGGCCGAGGAAAAAAUCAAGGGUGUUGGAGGAGCUUGUGUACUGACUGCAUAAGCGAGCGCUGGUUUUGCAAAAUAAACGAUAUUAAAAAAAAAA